GAGCAACCAAAAUUACUCAAUGAACACCUCUGGGGGAACCUCCAUUGGAUGGAUGCAAUUCUAUGAGCAGACGAGUGCCGAUGAAGUGUCGGCACCGUCUCCUGGAUUCUCCGAUGCCACUGCGGUAACGGCAAGUAUCGUCUCUUCCUCGAAGCCGAUAAGGCUGCGGCCAAGAGUUUCGAAGAGAAAACCGACCACCCUUCUCAAUGCCGACGCCAGCAAUUUUCGAGCCCUGGUGCAACAGUUUACAGGUUGCCCAGCAACGCACGUUUCAGCCAACAGGAGAUGCCCGAUUAACUUGAAUUUCGCUCUCGGUAAGGAACACAAUGUAAGCGGCACUGCAACUUGCGUAAUGCCAGCCGCUGGCAACCACUAUUAUUAUAAAAAAGUCAUCGAGAGAACGCAUCUCAGCAACAGCAGCAAACGUUUGGGAAUGUUGGACAAGAUGCCUUGUUUAGCUACUCUAGCAGUGGAGCUAAUGCAGAGCGGAUCCUGGACGAAUUUGAGUUGGAUGAUAUUUCUUUACAGGCUUUUAAUAGGGACGCCCCUUACUCCAAUGAAUAUGCAAAUGAUGGAAAUUACUUCUUGUAAGGAUGGAUGUCGAUUCAUAUAUCACUUGGUUUCAUUGUUUGUGCGUCUGAAUUUGAUUAGGAAUAUGGAAAAUAUGUCUUUAUUCAUGUGCUAUAUCUUUCCCGUCAACGGUUUUAUCUGCCCUUAUUCAAUGCAUAUGGUAUAA